AUGUGUUUACCACUUGCCAUUGCGUCGUUGGCUCCUCAGUCCAGCGUCAUGGUCUUAUGCUCCACGAGUGACGAGGAGCAACUUCAAGUUCAAUUAAACUACUACAGCAUGGGGUAUAAAAGACCUCGACGCAAGCUUAGUGAUACCAUUGUCUCAAGCUACAUACACCUCGACACAAUGCAGUUCAAACAAUCUCUCCAAAGCCUCCUCGCUCUCGCUCUUGCUGCGAUCCUCCUCACUGAGGCGCACCCAGUCGAUUCGACCAUCGAGGAGAGGCAAAUCCAACCCCAACAACUCCCGCCCCUCCCGCCCCUCCCAGUUCUCCCAGAGUUCCCCGCGUGGCCCGCAUGGCCCGCCUUCCCGGCGUUCGCGGCAUUCCCAGCAUUCGAGGCAUUCACAUAG